UUACAAACCCUAGCAGCCGUCACUCAAACACUCUCGCUCCUUCCUCAGUCUCUCUCUUCCUCAUCCGCUGCUCUCUCUCCCUCAUUCCUCAGUCUCUCUCUCCCUCCUUCCUCUCUUCCUCUCUUCAACUCUCCUUCCUCUCUUCCUCUUUCCAACGUGCCAAGUCCUCGUCGUCUCAGGUCUUAUCUGCAAUGCUUCCUUUCGUCGUUGCUGCUACCGCCAUUGCUGCUCUGGCUCAGCCGUCAACGUUCACUUGGGUAUCCAAGGAUUUAUAUGCCCCUGCUCUUGGUGGGAUCAUGCUGUCAAUUGGAAUCAAACUUUCGAUUGAUGAUUUUGCUCUUGCAUUCAAAAGACCUUUACCACUCUCUGUUGGGUUUAUCGCGCAGUAUGUGCUGAAACCGCUACUUGGGGUACUAAUUGCAAACGCAUCUGGCGUGCCGAGGAUGUUCUACGCUGGCUUUGUUCUCACCGCUUGUGUCUCAUGAAUAUUGAAAAACCGUCCUAGAGAGAUGGAAACAUGUCAUAUUUUCUAUUUCUAUCUUAUGUUGUGGUUGUUUUGCA